AUGGCUAGAGACCGCAGUUCGGCCCAACAUGGGAUUGCGCAGUUACUCAAUAAGAUCAAUGACCCUGAUCCAGAUAUUCGUUUUAUGCAACUCAGCGAUCUUACAGAGAUCCUAGAGUCCCCUUCCUCGGAGUACAUACGGACCGACCAUCAUACUGCCGCACGAAUCAUCGACGGCCUACUUAAGGCGUUGGCUGACCAGCAUGGUGAAGUCCAGAACCAGGCUCUGAAAUGCAUUGCCCCUCUUGCCGCACGCAUACCAGGCGAGACUAUCGCACCCCUGAUAGACAAGCUCACCGAUCUCACCAACAGUGACAUCGACAUCUCCAUCCCCAAUUCUGCGCUACGGGCUCUCAUUGCAUCCUUGCCUCAACCCAAACCAAACGAAGCUCCUGCUCAAGACGUGAAAGAUGCAUAUGGCGCGGUCAGUAAAGUCUUGAUUCCGAGGCUGGUUGGUCAUGUCGUGUUGCCGUUGCCGUCCGGGAGGCCUCCGCCGCAACUGCCGACUGCUCUGUUAGCGAAACAGAAGGACAAAGGCUUCAGCAGUGAUGCGGUCGAUGUUAUGAUUGAGAUCGUCAAAUGUUAUGGACCUCUACUGCAGGAGUUGGAACUGGUGGCACUAGCCGGGGCGGUUAUGAAUAUCAUUGAGAGUCCACAGGCUGGAGGCGUGGUCAAGAAACGGGCUUUGGCAGGUAUUGGCGCGUUGCUGGUUCACUUCAAUGAUGCCCAAGUCAGAUCUUUCGUGGCAGCCCUGACUGGAAGCUUUCAAAACUCCCAGUUAACCACGGAACAUCGGAGAUUUCUUGUCGCGACGAUCGCGACUCUUGCCCGUUCGAGUCCAGCCAAGUUUGGGCUCUUCGUCAAUGACGUCGUUCCCUACGUCCUCCAGGUCCUGAGUCAAAAGGAGCUCUCUUCUACUGCGUCUCUCUCGGAUGAGGAUACAGAGGUUGACCCAGAGAUUGAGGAAUUGCGGGAAACUGCACUCAUUGCGCUCGAGGCCUUGCUUGGAUCUUGUCCGCUUGAGAUGAAACCGCAUCUCCCCAGCGCCAUUGACGCUGCAUUACGAUAUCUCAAGUACGACCCCAAUGUUGCAGAUAUCGAAGACGACGAAAUGGGAGGCACCCAAGACGAGGAUUCUGAUGACGGCAUCACGGAAGAAGCGCUCGAAGACGACGACGACGAUGAAUAUGCAGAGUUGGAUGACGAUGAUGCUUUCAGCGACGUCGAUGACAUGAGCUGGAAAGUGCGACGUUGUGCCGCAAAAGCCCUCUACACCAUUGUUUCAGGCUCCUCGUCGAGCGACAGAAGCAUGCUUUUCGGCAAGAUUGCGCCCGUUCUCAUCUCUAGGCUAUUCAGCGAGCGCGAAGACAAUGUCCGAUUGGAGGUCAUUGCAGCGACCACAGCUUUGAUUCGGAAGACGGGCUCUGGCCUGACUGAGUCACUCACCAGGGUCGAUUCCUCGGAAAACCCAGCAAUGCCGACCAACACUCGUAAGCGAAGGCGACAAGACAGCGAGGCUGAUAAGAAGGAUCCCGAUCUGCGAGGCCUGAUAUCCAUCCGGUCCAGUCCUCCCAUUGUCCCAGCCUCUCCGCCGACGGGGUCCCAGGCUGACCUCGUCGGUUUGGUGCCAAAGAUUGUUCAAGCGCUUACGAAGUUGUGGAAGAAAGCGAGCAUAUCACUGAAACAGGCCGCCAUUGUCAUGCUCAAGACUUUGACAUUGGCAAGGAAUGGAAUCCUGUCAGACCACCUGCAGCAGCUGGAAGAUCCAAUUGCCGAUGCUUUGAAGCCGUCGUUGGGCUCAGGAUCCAGCGGCGCAGCAUCAGGCACCUCCGCAACAGUUGCCAGUCUUCAGAUCGAGACUUUGACUUUGAUCAGUGCUAUUGCGGAGACUAAUGGUACCACUGUACUGAUACCCUUCGUCAUCGCUCUCAUUCCCCCAGUCACAGCGAUUGCUCGUGAUAGAAACUAUAAAGUUUCAACCGAAGCACUCGCCACGAUUGAGCAGUUCGUCAAGGCCCUGACUCCACCUCGGCUGCCUACCGCAAACCAAGACCAUGCCAUACACAUUGAGAAACUUUGGGAAGUAAUAGUCGACCGCGUCUCGGACAAUAACACUGACCUGGAAGUGCGGCAUCGUGCUAUCCAGGUAUUUGGUGUUCUCAUGGCGAGAACAUCGGCAACUGAACUGUUGUCAAGCCCAGCCAGGGUUAAGAGUCUUGGGAUCCUGAGUGACAGGCUCAAGAACGAAACCACCAGACUGGCGAGCGCGAGAGCAAUUGGCCGCAUUGGCGAGGCCGCAAGCACUCACGAUAAUAUCGGUUCUGCUUGGGUCCAAGAAGUUUCACUCGAGAUGGCCAACCAACUCCGCAAAGCUGAUCGAUCUCUCCGGGGUUCCUGCCUGGAAUCGUUGCAAUAUCUUGCUCUAAACCCUGUGACAUCUUCAUUGUACGAAACAACCACGAUCCUGCAACUGCAAGGCAUGCUGAUGCCUCUACUAUCUGUCAACGACCUUCACUUGUUGACCCCAGCACUCGUCAUCAUGUCCAAAAUCAUCCCCACCAACGCUCAAGCGCUGGUCACCCCGGAACUUGUCGCAGCGCUUUGCGGCAUAUCACAAACUCGGAUUGAAGGGCCUCCGCUCCGAGCGUAUCUGCUCGUCGUGAAAGUCAUUGGCGAGCACGGUGUGGGUGCGCUGUUCAUGAAAGGUCUCCUCGCUGUUGGGACCGCCGGAGAGACAAUGGUUCUGGGAAGAGCCAUUGGCACAUUACUGGUCUACGGCGGCGACAACCUGAAUAUCACAAUAUCCGACUUCUUGGGGGAACUCGAAACAUCUCAAGACGUGCGAGCGAUUUGCUUGGCCUUGACGGUGCUUGGCGAGGUUGGAUUCAGAAUGGGACCGAGCUCACCUGUGAAGAUUCAAACCUUCAUCAACUGCCUUUCCGCGGAAUCAGAUAAAGUUCGACUCUCUGCCGCCAUUGCAUUGGGCAGCGCCAGCUCCAACAACAUUUCAGAAUGUAUGCCUAUUAUACUGCAGAGCUUGACGCAGGCAUCAGCCUCGGACUACCUCUACUUGCACUCUGUCAAGGAGAUCCUGGAACACUCUGAAAGCACCCUGGGCGAAAUGGCUCCGUUUGCAGCCGAACUCUGGCAGAAGAUCUUCGCAGUGUCACAGGUGGAGGACAACAGUGCGGUUGGAGCUGAAUGCAUUGGUCGACUUGCCACGAUUGACCCAAACACAUACGUCCCCGAGCUCUCCAAAGCAUUGGCAGAUCCGAACCCAUCGGUCCGUGGCACUGUCAUUUCCGCCUUUCGUUUUACCCUGGGCGAAGCCAGCAAUUCUUACAACAACAUUCUCGUCAAGACAAUGACGCCCAUGCUCCAGAUGAUGCUAAACGAUAGCGACCUGUCUAACCGACGUCUCGCAGUAACCACUCUCAAUGCUGCAAUUCAUAAUAAACCAGAACUCGUGAUUCCGGAUGUCGGCCAGCUCCUCCCAACAGUCUUGGAGGACUCGAAGAUCAAGCCCGAACUAGUGAAGCAGGUCAAGAUUGGCCCAUUCACUCACACUGAAGAUGCCGGUCUCGAUCUUCGGAAGUCCGCGUAUGCAACCAUGUACGCACUGUUGGAUUGCCCUGGCGCGGUACCGCAUCUCCCCAUUACCAAAUUCCUUGACCGCAUCUUGGAUGGUAUUCCCGAUGACCAUGACAUCCGUACUUUAUGUAUUCUCAUGUUAACGCGCUUAUCCGUGAUUGAUCCCGACCAAACACGACGUCGCUUGCCCAUGCUCGCCGAAAGAUUCCGGGUGGUUUUGGGCGCAAAGUUGAAGGAGAACGCCGUCAAACAGGAAAUUGAGAAGGUGAACGAAGCGAAUGCCGCGGUGGUUAGGAUCACGCUGGAACUCGACAGGAAAUUUCCCCAUGGGGUGACUAUGGAAGGUGUAGUAGGGGAGUUGGUCUCAUGGAGAGGCUAUGUUGACUUUGUGAAGCGAGAAUUUGCGGGUAUGGUGAGAAACGUGCAGAUGGAAGGAGCUUGA